UCCUUACUGGAGGGUUUUCCUAAAUUCAGGAACCCUUUAAAAGGGGCAGCUUCCUCUGGCCUCCUUUUCACCCUGAGGACCCGGGCCAGACUGGGGGACAGAGGGGACUGUCAGGGGUCCUGUGUGUUUCUUUUUCAUGCUCUCCUUUGCAUCGUGGGAGAAAAGGAUAAACCCUGGGCCAUGAGGCUGUCCCUGCUCCUGGGUUUUGUCUCUGUCGUGCCUGUGGCUGUGCAGCUCCUGGAUACGAGACAAUUUUUAAUCUAUAAUGAAGAUCACAAGCGCUGUGUAGAAGCAGUCAACUCCAAUGCAGUCCAAACUGCACCUUGCAACCAGGACUCAAAGUUACAGAAAUUCCGAUGGGUGUCCCCGGACCAGGUCAUGAGCAUUGCUUUUAAGUUAUGCUUGGGAGUGCCGUCAAAAACCGAUUGGGUUCCUGUCACCCUCUAUCCUUGCAACUCCAAAAGUGAGAUUCAGAAAUGGGAGUGCAAAAAUGACACACUUUUUGGGAUCAAGGGUGAAGAUCUGUACUUUAACUAUGGCAAUAAACAAGAAAAGAAUGUUAUGUUGUACAAGGGAUCUGGCCUGUGGAGCCGGUGGAAGAUCUAUGGGACCACAGAUGAUUUGUGCUCCAGAGGUUAUGAAGCCGUAUACACGCUGCAGGGCAAUGCAAAUGGAGCCCCCUGUGCUUUUCCCUUCAAGUUUGGAAACAAGUUGUAUGCAGACUGCACAAAUGCUGGCCGGUCAGAUGGGUGGCUCUGGUGCGCGACCACCGCAGACUACGACACUAAUAAGCUGUUUGGAUUUUGUCCUACGAAAUUUGAGGGCAGUGAAACAUUAUGGACUAAAGACCCACUGACCAGCAUCCUCUACCAGAUCAACUCCAAGUCUGCACUGACCUGGCAACAGGCAAGGAAGAGCUGCCAACAGCAGGAUGCUGAGCUUUUGAGUAUCACAGAGAUUCAUGAGCAGACAUACCUAACAGGAUUGACCAGUACCUUGACCUCAGGACUCUGGAUUGGACUUAACAGCCUGAGUUUUAACAGUGGUUGGCAGUGGAGUGGCGGCAGUCCAUUCCGGUAUUUGAACUGGUUACCAGGAAGCCCAUCAGUGGAACCUGGAAAAAGCUGUGUGUCCCUUAAUCCUGGAAAAAAUGCUAAAUGGGAAAACCUGGAAUGUGCUCAGAAACUGGGCUAUAUUUGUAAAAAGGGCAACAAUAGUUUGAAUUCUUUUAUAAUUCCCUCAGAAACUGGUGUGCCCAGUAAGUGUCCUAGUCAGUGGUGGCCCUAUGCAGGCCACUGUUACAAGAUUCACAAAGAAGCAAAGAAAAUCCAGAGAGAUGCCCUGACUGCCUGUCGAAAGGAGGGUGGAGACCUUGCAAGCAUUCAUACCAUCGAAGAAUUUGACUUUAUCAUCUCCCAGCUAGGAUAUGAGCCAAGUGAUGAGCUUUGGAUUGGCUUAAAUGACAUCAAGGUUCAAAUGUUCUUUGAAUGGAGCGAUGGGACCCCAGUAACAUUUACCAAGUGGCUGCGUGGAGAACCCAGCCAUGAGAACAACCGGCAGGAGGACUGUGUGGUGAUGAAAGGCAAGGAUGGGUUCUGGGCAGAUAGGACUUGUGAGCAUCCACUUGGUUACAUCUGCAAGAUGAAAGCCCAAGCCCAAGCUCCUGAAACAGUGGAAGAAGAAACAGGCUGCCAGAAAGGCUGGAAAAGAUAUGGCUAUUACUGCUAUUUGAUUGGAAAUACACUCUCCACAUUUACAGAAGCAAACCAAACAUGCAAAAAUGAGAAGGCUUAUUUAACAACUAUUGAAGACAGAUAUGAACAAGCAUUCCUGACUAGUCUGGUUGGAUUGAGGCCUGAAAAAUAUUUUUGGACAGGACUUUCAGAUAUACAAAUCAAAGGCACCUUUCAGUGGACCGAGCAAGAGGAGGUCCAGUUCACACAUUGGAAUGCGGAUAUGCCAGGUCGAAAGGCAGGUUGUGUUGCCAUGAGGACUGGGAUUGCAGGGGGCUUAUGGGAUGUUCUGAAAUGUGAUCAAAAGGCAAAAUUUGUGUGUAAGCACUGGGCAGAAGGAGUAACUCGUCCACCAGAGCCCACAACAACUCCUGAGCCCAAAUGCCCAGAGGAUUGGGGUACCACCAGUAAAACAAGCUCCUGCUUCAAGCUGUUUGCAAAAGGAAAACAUGAGAAGAAAACAUGGUUUGAAUCUCGAGAUUUUUGUCGAGCCCUGGGUGGAGAUCUAGCUACUAUCAAGAGUAAAGAAGAGCAGCAAAUAAUAUGGAGAUUAAUAACGAGUACUGGGAAUUAUCAUGAGGUGUUCUGGUUGGGCCUGACAUACGGAGGUAGUUCAGAAGGUUUCACCUGGAGUUCUGGCUCUCCACUUUCCUAUGAAAACUGGGCUUAUGGAGAACCCAAUAAUUAUAAUAAUGUUGAAUAUUGUGGUGAGAUGAAAGGUGACCCCAAUAUGUACUGGAAUGAUAUUAACUGUGAACAUCUUAACAACUGGAUUUGUCAGAUACAAAAAGGAAAAACACCAAAUCCAGAGCCAACACCAGCUCCACAAGAAAAUCCACCAGUCACUGAAGAUGGGUGGGUUAUUUACAAAGAGUACCAGUAUUAUUUUAGCAAACAGAAGGAAAGCAUGGACAAUGCACGAGCUUUUUGCAAGAGGAAUUUUGGUGAUCUUGUUACUAUUAAAAGUGAAAGUGAAAAGAAGUUUCUAUGGAAAUAUGUAAACAGAAAGGAUGCACCAUCAAUGUCAGCGUAUUUUAUUGGUUUAUUGAUCAGCGUGGAUAAGACAUUUAUUUGGAUGGAUGGAUCCAAAGUGGAUUAUGUGUCUUGGGCCCCCGGUGAACCCAAUUUUGCAAAUGAAGAUGAAAAUUGUGUAACUUUGUAUACAGAUUCAGGGUUGUGGAAUGACAUUAACUGUGGUUAUCCCAGCCCCUUCAUAUGCCAGCGGCAUAACAGCAGUAUUAAUGCCACCACGGUGCCCACCACACCCCCUACCCCAGGCGGCUGCAAGAACGGGUGGAAGUUUUACAACAACAAGUGUUAUAAAAUCUUUGGAUUUGUUGAAGAAGAGAGAAAAAAUUGGCAAGAGGCACGAAAAGCUUGCAUAGGAUUUAAAGGGAAUCUGGUUUCCAUACUCAAUGAAAGGGAACAAGCAUUUCUUAACUCCCAGAUGAAGGAUUCCACUUUUAAUGCCUGGAUUGGGCUGAACGAUGUCAACUCAGAGCACAAGUUCCUCUGGACAGACGGGCGAGGAGUUCAGUAUACAAACUGGGGGAAAGGUUUCCCUGGUGGAAGAAGAAGCAGCCUUUCUUAUGAAGAUGCUGACUGUGUGGUUAUUACGGGUGGGAAGUCGAGGGACGCAGGGAAAUGGAUGGACGACAUCUGUGACAACAGGAAAGGCUACAUAUGCCAGACUCUGUCAGAUUCUUCCUUGCCUAAUUCUCCAACAACAGUUCCAGCAAAUGGCUUUAUUAAAUAUGGCGAAAGCAGCUAUUCACUCAUGAAAAAUAAGUUAUCCUGGCAUGAAGCAGAGAAAUAUUGCAGGGAAUACACUUCCCUUAUUGCUAGCAUUCUGGAUCCCUACACUAAUUCAUUUUUGUGGUUGAAAAUGCAGCCAUUUAAUGUACCUGUGUGGAUUGGCCUGAACAGUAACUUGACCAACAAUGACUACACUUGGAUUGAUAAAUGGAGGAUGAGGUACAAUAACUGGGCAGCUAAUGAGCCCAAGCUGAAGUCAGCAUGUGUUUAUAUGGAUGUUGAUGGCUUCUGGAAGACAUCAUAUUGCAAUGAAAGUUUUUAUUUUCUCUGCAAGAGAUCAGAUGAAAUUCCUGCUACUGAACCACCACAGCUGCCGGGCAGGUGUCCAGAGUCGGAACUCAAUGCGUGGAUUCCUUUCCAUGGUCACUGCUACUACAUUGAAUCUUCAUUCACAAGGAACUGGGGCCAGGCUUCUCUGGAGUGUCUUCGGAUGAGUUCCUCUCUGGUUUCCAUUGAAAGUGCUGCUGAAUCCAGUUUUCUGUCAUACCUAGUUGAACCUCUUAGAAGUAAAACCAAUUUUUGGAUAGGAUUGUUCAGAAAUGUUGAAGGAAAGUGGUUUUGGUUAAACAACAGCCCAUUAUCAUUUGUCAACUGGAACUCAGGAGAUCCCUCUACUGAGCGAAAUGAUUGUGUAGUUAUGACAGCCUCCUCGGGGCUUUGGUCUAAUAUCCAUUGUUCUUCCUACAAAGGAUUUAUUUGUAAAAGACCAAAAAUUAUUGAUCCUGAACCGACUCAGACAUUAAUUACAACAAAAGCUGACUCCAGAAAGAUGGAACCUACCAAAAAAUCUUCCAGUGCAGCAGGCGUGGUGGUUGUCGUGGUCCUCCUGAUCAUAAUGGGUGCCGCCUUGGCUGCCUAUUAUUUUUAUAAGAAGAGACGGGUGCACAUACCCCAGGAAACCACCUUUGAAAAUACUCUCUAUUUUAACAGUCAUUCAAGUCCAGGAACAAGUGAUACAAAAGUUCUCAUGGGAAAUAUUGAACAGAACGAACAUGCAGUCAUUUAGUAUUGCAAUGUCAUGUUGUUACAUUUGGAUUUUAUAAAAUUCUAAACAAAGUUUUGAAUUCUUUAAUUCAAUGUGAUUGUUUCUUUUAAAAAUUAGCACAGCAUUGUAUUGGCCUGUCCCUUUUCUUUGCCUAAUUGAAGAAAUAAUUGCUCAUUUUCUAGCCUGACAAGACAUUUUCACACACACACACCAAAGGGCAUAAUAAUGUUGAUGACUGCUUGUAAAAAUAUCUUAGGUGAAUGCAUAACACAGUGCCAGCAUUUCAGCAUCUUUGAUGGGGAACUAGUGUCAACAUCAUGCUGAUCAGAAGGGUUUCAGAAAUGACUGUCUGAACUCCUGAAAUAUUUUAAGGAAUUCCCAAAGAUAUGCCACUGCUAAACUGUAAUUCAACAAUUAGAAUACCAUUUUUAAAAUAAAGACAGAUAACCUGAGGUGGAAUAAAAAUUUACUCAAUUUUUUUGUUUUAUCAGUCUUAAAAUCACUCCAGGUAUUUAGGAUUGUAUUUUAUCCAUAUGAAGAAGAAUAAGGGGACAGCAAAUCUUGUUUUCCCUGGACAGGAUUUUAUGGAGCACAUAUUACAAGGGUGUUUUUUUUCUCCUGUUAUAUGUAUAUCAGAAAGACAAAGAUGUGAAAUAGAAAUGUAAAUUUGCAUAACUAGAUGUACUCAGAUAAUGUGAAAUGAACAUUAAAGACAUGAUCUAUUUUUAAUA